GGGGGCGGGGCUUCCAGAAGUUUUCAGGAAGGAUUGUUUUGACAAAGCGAAACUUUUCGCUCUUCACUUUCUGUUUUUUUUAUCUGAAGUUUUUGUUUGAUAGUCACCAAAGAUGCAAGCCAGCGCUUACGGGGCCUCGCUUGCCGGUGGAGCUUUUGACACCGAAAGUUUUGUGAAACAGCCGCAGACCAUUCUGCGCUUCCUCAGUUGGAUAUUUUCCAUUGUGGUUUUUGCAACCAUCACGGCGGAAGGCUACGUUAACCCUAAUACUGAGAGUGACCUUGUUUGCAUGUUCAAUGGUAACAACAGUGCCUGUAGCUAUGGCGUGGCGGUCGGAGUCCUCGCCUUCUUGGCCUGUGUUCUGUUCCUCCUACUGGAUGCCUACCUUCCUCAAAUCAGCAAUGCUAAAGAGCGAAAGUACAUCGUAACAGCCGACUUGGGUGUCUCAGGUGUUUGGACUUUUCUGUGGUUCGUCUGCUUCUGCGUUCUGACCAACCAGUGGAACAGAACGGCAGACUCCACCGCCAUUCCUGCUGAUGCUGCCCGGGCUGUUAUUGCCUUCUCCUUCUUCUCCACUUUUUCAUGGGGGCUGCUGACCUACCUGGCGUAUUCGCGCUACAGUCAAGGCAUCAGCGACUUUGACCUGGAGUACAAAGACCCGGCGCCUGGCCCAGCUGCUCCGUACCCACCAGACCAGUUCCCCGGAGCCCCUUCUAGUUACCAGCAGUCUCCAUUCUCCCAAAACCAGGAGCAGCCUGGGGAGUACCAACCGCCCACUUACUGACCCAAGUGACUUUCAAGCCCCGUGCCAAACCCCGUGGACCCUUCUCUCCGCUCCAGGUUUCCCCCUGCUGGAGGCGUUUGCUCAACCUGUGUGCACUGACGUGUUCUGGAGAUGUUUUGCUUCGCUUUUCUGAUCGCAGCGAGUGGCGGGUGAAGAGUCUUGUUUCUCUGUGAUUGUCAGAGAAGAUAGCAGUUCCAUUUUUUUUUUUUUUUUUUUUUUGGGCGUUCCGUUGCUUCCUCAUGUGACUGAGGUCAGCACGUUCAGAAAGAAUGAGGAAAGUUCUGAUCAGAAGUUUUAAGCCUCUUAGUUUUCAGAUUUAAUCAAUCGUCACACAUUGUUUGACUUGCCAGGAACAAAGAUGACACUUGCUUCCUCACUCACUUCUAUGAACAGGGUUCCUCCUGAAGCCACUGGUGGACGUGCUGCUGCAGACGGUCCAGAGUCUUAGUGUAUAUACCCAUGUUAUAUGUGUCAAUUGGCAUUUCAGGUAUUGCAGAAGUUACUCUUUGUUCAUAUAUUUAAUCUUUCUAAUGUCCCCAAUAUCUACUGUAAAGUUUAUUCUGUAAACUUCAGAAGCGACUCGUGUGCACUGAGAUGAUUGUGUUGCCAAUGAACUCCUUUAAUUAUGUUUUAUUUGAGGGUCUUCUGACAGGAAUGCAAUACCUCUGUUGAAUGUGCCUUUAUUCCUUUAUUUAAGUAGACAUUCCUGUGACCUCGAGAACAUUGUGACACAUACAAUACGUUAAACUUUCUGUUCAGGUACACGACAAUCAAGCCACUUAUUUUUUUCUUCUCUUUUCUUGCGCCGUUUGAAUUCUGUAGCUUCUCAUUCCUCAAAGUGCUGUUUGCGGUAUUGUGUGCCACACAAUGUUGGUCAAAUAAAAGCUGGUUAAGCCUC